GUACGACACCUGCACUGGGCGACAAACAUUCACUUUUGCUUUGCGCUUUCUGACUUUCUACCUUCAUACGCUUGCAUCUCGAUCAGUUGAAUUGAACCAACGUUCAUCGCUCGGAGAGAAGAUGCAAUCGCGACAAUGCGUCUUCUGAAGCGCUUGCCGAGCGGCGGCUUCGAGCUAGUGUCAUUCAGCGACGACGACCCCCCUCCGUAUGCUAUCCUUUCGCACACCUGGUCUGAGGGCCAAGAAGUCACGUACAGUGAGCUUGUAGCGGCCACAGGCACAGAGAAGACUGGCUACGACAAGAUCCGCUUCUGCGGCGAACGAGCUGCAGCGGACGGCCUCGAGUACUUCUGGGUUGACACCUGCUGCAUCGACAAGUCUAUCAGCCAUGAGCUCAGUACAGCAAUCAACUCCAUGUUCCGCUGGUACCAGCGUGCAUCUAAGUGCUACGUAUAUCUGUCGGAUGUGUUUGUGCCGGAUGAGAUCACCGACGCUGGAGCCUUCCUUAUAGCGUGGCAGGAAGUUUUUCGACAGAGCCGAUGGUUCACGCGAGGCUGGACGUUGCAAGAGCUUCUGGCGCCGGCUAGCGUUGAGUUCUUCUCCAAGCAGGGUAAGCGGUUGGGUAGUAGGAUGUCUUUGGAGCAGGACAUCUAUGAGAUCACUAAGAUACCUUUCACGGCUCUAAGAGGACAAAGCCUCAGCGAGUUCAGUGUUGAGGAUCGAAUGAGCUGGGCGGCCAGGCGCACGACGACAUUGAAGGAAGACAAGGUGUAUUGUCUGCUGGGAAUCUUUGGUGUGUUCUUGUCGCUCAUAUAUGGAGAAGGAGAAGAAUACGCCACGCUACGUCUGAGGGAAGAGAUCCAGAAGCGGCAGGAGGGGCGCGGAACUGCCAGUUGCCGUAGUUUAUCCGUCCUCUCGUCGCUGCCUUUUCCAAGAAACGAGCUCUUUGUUGGACGAGCAGACGAGCUCCAGUCUCUCGAACAGCACCUCCUCGUCUCCAACUCUCACCGACGGAUGACAAUAUAUGGACUGGGAGGAUGCGGAAAGUCAGCGCUUGCCAUUGAGUUUGCUUAUCGCGCACUGGCAACACAUGCUAGACUGGUUUUCUGGAUACCUGCGAUCAGCCAGGAGAGCUUUGAGCUUGCCUACAGGGACAUCGGGAUCCGCCUCCGUGUACCAGGGAUUACUGAUGACAAUGCAGAUGUCAGGAAGCUUGUUCGGGAGACGCUGAGCUCAAAGAUCAUGGACAACUGGCUGAUGAUCGUUGAUAAUGCUGACGAUCAUGAAGUGUUACUGGCUACUGCGGAUAGCGACUCAAAGCCAGCUCGACUAAGCGACCACCUCCCGCGCAGCGAUAGAGGCGCGAUUCUUUUCACAACACGAAGUAGGAAGGUAGCCGGAGCUCUGACGCAGAGCAGCGUCUUGGAGCUGAGCGAUAUGAGCAAAACUGAAGCCAGGCAGCUGCUAACGCGGCGAACAACAAAGCAAGCUUUACUUGAUGAUGAGACGGCUAUUAAUGAACUGCUAGAGACACUCGCAUGUCUACCACUUGCUAUUGUUCAGGCAGCUGCCUUCAUAAACAACAACGACGUGUCAGUCUCUGGCUACAUAUCGCUGCUUCAACAUACCGGUGCAGCGACCGAGCUCUUCAGCGAGCGCUUUGUAGAUCCGAGUAGAUACGAAGAACUUGACAGCACGAUCGCGAAGACGUGGCACAUCUCCUUCGACCAGAUACAAAAGCAAGAUCAGUUUGCUGCAGAGUACCUUUCGUUCAUGGCGUGCAUCGACCGCGUCAAUAUUCCCCAGUCGCUACUGCCUCCUGGAGCCUCUCUGGUGCAGCAAACGAAAGCGCUAGGAACACUGACAGGGUAUGCAUUCAUCACAGAGCGCCUACACACGGUACAAGAGUCAGGCGGAGGCAGAUCCUUCGAUAUGCACCGACUGGUGCACAUGGCGUCUGUCUGGUGGCUAGACAGACACGAUGAGCGUGCAACCUGGGUGGAUACAGCGGUGGCGCGGCUUGAAGAGCUAGUGCCGUACGGCGGGCAUGAAAACAAGGAGGUUUGGACGAUGUACCUGUCGCACGCAGUCCAUGUGGCUGGAAUCCACGGUAUAGUGGGCAAAGCAGCCAGCGCUUCGCUUUUAGAUCGCGUAGGGCAGUGUCAAGCAAGCCUUGGGCAAUAUUCGGCAGCAGGAAUAAUGCACCAACAAGUGCUAUCAGUGAGAAAGAAAGUGCUUGGGCCUGAGCAUCCAGAUACGCUGACGAGCAUGAGCAACCUAGCGCUAGCACUCAGCAAUCAGGGAAAGUACGCUGAGGCAGAGGAGAUGGAUAGCGAGACGCUAAGGCUGAGCAAGAAGGUGUCGGGAGACGAGCACCCACACACGCUGGCAAGCAUGAACAACGUAGCGGCAGCACUCAGCGGUCAGGGAAAGUAUGCUGAGGCAGAGGAGAUGGAUCGCGAGACGCUAAGGCUGAGAAAGAAGGUGUUGGGAGACGAGCACCCAGACACGCUGACAAGCAUGAGCAACCUAGCGCUAGCACUCAGCAAUCAGGGAAAGUACGCUGAGGCAGAGGAGAUGGGUAGCGAGACGCUAAGGCUGAGCAAGAAGGUGUCGGGAGACGAGCACCCGCACACGCUGGCAAGCAUGAACAACGUAGCGGCAGCACUCAGCGGUCAGGGAAAGUACGUUGAAGCAGAAGAGAUGCAUCGCGAGACGCUAAGGCUGAGCAAGAAGGUGUUGGGAGACGAGCACCCACACACGCUGACGAGCAUGUACAGCCUGGCUUACUCUCUUGGAAAGCAGCUCCGCUACGAUGACUCCCGCUAUCUGUACGAGCAAGCAUGCGUUGCGUACAAGACUGUUCUUGGAGAGGAUCACCCAACUAGCCGCGCUUGUCGCCAACACUAUUUCCAGAUGCUCACGUUGCGAGAGCAGAACCGGGACUCUCUUUAUCCUGGAAGACUGGAAAGUAGUGCAGACGUGCGCGCAAGUAAGAGGCAAAGAUCGGUAUGA